CCCAUCAUGCCCAGCCCGCUGUUCGCGCUGCCCACCCUCAACUUCACCGUCACCCAGGUGGCCGCCGUGUGCGAGACCCUGGAGGAGAGCGGCGACAUCGAGCGGCUCGCCAGGUUCCUCUGGUCGCUGCCCGUGGCGCACCCCAACAUCGGCGAGCUCAACAAGAGCGAGGCCGUGCUGCGCGCGCGGGCCAUCGUGGCCUUCCACAGCGGCCACUUCCGGGAGCUGUACUCGAUCCUGGAGCACCACAAGUUCACCAAAGACUCGCACGGCAAGCUGCAGGCCAUGUGGCUGGAGGCGCACUACCAGGAGGCCGAGAAGCUGCGCGGCCGGCCGCUCGGCCCCGUGGACAAGUACCGCGUGCGGAAGAAGUACCCGCUGCCGCGAACCAUCUGGGACGGCGAGCAGAAGACGCACUGCUUCAAGGAGCGGACGCGCUCGCUGCUCCGCGAGUGGUACUUGCAGGACCCGUACCCCAACCCCACCAAGAAGCGCGAGCUGGCGCAGGCCACCGGACUCACGCCCACGCAGGUGGGCAACUGGUUCAAGAACCGGCGACAGCGCGACCGGGCCGCCGCCGCAAAGAACAGACGACGGCUACACUACGACCCCAACGACGAGAGGAUGCAGCAGCACCAGCUGGGCUCGCAGCUCGCCAACUCGAGCGGCAGCUCGCGGCGCAGCGGGGACGCUCACUCGCCGGCGCCGGGGGACACGGACUCGGACUCGGACAUCAGCCUGGGCGCCAACACGCCGCCGCCGGACCUGCAGUACUCGCCGCCGUACGGCCGGUCGCGGUCGCGCUCCAGGUCGCCGAUCAACAGCAGCCGGUCGCCGCGGCGGUCGUCGCCGUCACCGCCGCCCUCGGACUACCCGUCGACGCUGCUGAGGUCGUCGUCGCCGCCGCCGUCGAGCUACGCGUCGGCGCUGUGCAUGACGCGGCACCUGCUGCCGCCCAACCCCGCCGGCCUCAGGUUCACGCACUCGCCGCCGCGGCCGCCCUCCCCGGGCAUGCCCGGCAGCAUCGGCAGCAUGCCCGGCAGGCUCAACCUGUCGGCCGACUCCUCGUCGCCGCCCCCCAGCUUCCGGCCGCGGACGCUGUCGCCGCUGCACAUGGGGUCGGCCAUGCGGCUGCGGCAGCUCAGCCCGCCGCCCAUCUCCAGCGGGCUGCCCCUCAUGACGCAGACGCAGCCCGCCAGGCCCCUGCCGCGGACGCUGCACCGACCCUUCUCGCCGCCCAGGCUCACGUGAUACCCCUCGUGCCCGCGCCGCGGCACCGCCCGCGAUGCACGAGCUUGUCAACUUGCGGCUGUGUUCCUACUUUAAAGACUUCGUUAGGGCGGCCCCGGCGUCUGGUGUCUUUUCUUGUUUUUUACGGACGCCCGGGCCAAAUCGCGACUCUUGUCCUUCCAUACCGCUCCGCCGUCACACUGGAGUCACUUUUUGUAUGUUUGUUGUUGGUGCGUCUUGCUGCCUGUCAGUACAAUGGGGGAAAGGGAGAUUCGGUGUGCAAGGCAGAACCUCUUUUGUUUUUCUUCCACAUGAAAAUGUAGAGAGCUAAACAAACUCAGGGCAUAGAGUUAAAUGAAAUUCGCCUGUAGGUAUGAAGUGAUAUUGACUGUUUAAACUGUGUGAUAUCAAAGCUAUUGACUGCGUCAUCAAUAUUGUUCAAGUUCAGGCGGUCGUAAGUUUAAAACCAAACGCGUUCGUGAAACAGUCCUUUAUUGCUGAUUUUCGUUGACCUCUGGUUCCCUAUUCGAGUCGAAGGUUAAUGUGAUGUCAUCUUCGUUUUGUAAACUUAGAAAAAUAUUAGCCAAAAAUGUUUAUGCUGUUAAGUUACGGCGGCAACCUGGGUCUCCUCUCGUUCUUUCAAACGGUUUUGCUUGAAUCUCGUUUCGUUGGCCUGUCCUACACUGUUUUAACGCAAGGGAAGCAGAGUGCCGCCACCUCUUGCGUUUGUCUUCUCGAUGACGCAUAGUACCUACGAAAAUUUUAUAGCAUUAAUUCAUUAUAUUUUGUUAUUGUUUUGUAACAGUAUAGUUAUUGUGAUUUUGAUCAGUAUAUCUCCUGUUUUCCGUUCCAUUUGAUAUAUUUGAUUUGCUUCGUGCAAGGAAGAUUACGUCUCCAUCGGAUGCGAACCGCAGUUCCAAGCAGCUUGCGUUGGCGACUGUUUUGGGCAACCGGUGGAGACGUACAAAAGAAUUAUUCAAAGUGCAAUAUCAAAAUGACCAUUUAUUUGUACAAAUGUAAAUGAACGUGGUAAAUUAUUUCUUUGUCUAGAAGCACAAAUAAAUUAAAAGCCUAAAAGUAUACA